GCCAUGUUCGAGGUGGAUAUGCGAGAGCGUGACGAUGGAUCAGUAACUCUGGGUGAACAGUGUCCAGUGGCCGUCAGUUCUUUCCUGGACUUUGCCUAUUCUGGAGAGGCUCUCAUCACGGAUGGGAACGUGGAUGUGCUGUUCCAGCUUUCCUCCUUUCUGCAGGUUCCUGUCCUGUCUAGAGCAUGCAGUGACUUCCUGGUAGGAAGUAUGGAUCUUUCUAACUGUCUUUCCCUGCUGUCCCUGGGAGAGGCGUAUGGCUCUGCUUCCCUCCUCCAUAGUACCAACAAGUUUGUGGUUCAGAACUUUUAUGACCUUUCUAAAACCCAGGAGUUCUUGGAUAUGCAGGUAAAUGUUUUGGAGACCUGCCUAAAGUCGGAUGCUCUGAAUGUGCCCAGUGAGGAGGAACUUUUAUUGUCACUUCUUAGGUGGAUUCGCCACAAUCUGUCUGCAAGACAGAAGCUGCUACCUGGACUGAUGUCUCUGACCCGACUGCACCACCUGCCUGCAGCUGCACUAAAGGUAGAAACCAGCUCCACGAGAUUGACUGAAUAUUUAAAAAAUACUUUACUCAGUGACGAGUCUUGUCUCGCUCUGCUGUCAGAGGCCCAGAGCAGACAGACUCAGUUUGAUGGCCUGCUCACCAAUGCCAGGCCCGCCACCACUCAGAGCUACAUCUACAUCCACAAGACGGAGGAGAAUGGCAGGAUCGUCCACACCUUCUGCUACUGUCUGGAAACAGACCAGUGGAAAGAGCUGCAGACAGAGAGGGGAGAAAGGACGCCUCCGAUGCCCGAUCCACCAGGGUCAUAUCUUACGAGCUAUGCUGAGAAGAUGUUUGUCACAGGUGGUUGCCGGGGGAACUGUUGCCGGGCAAUUCGCCUCCAUGUUGCAGAACAGCACCACAAUGCCACAGAUGAGGUUUGGUGUUUUUGUCCUGCAACUUUAACCUGUACUCCUGCACCGGCCAUGCUGAAGCCCAGAACCAUGCACACGGCUGUCACCUGCCUGGACCGAGUCUAUGUCAUUGGGGGACGGACCAAGGGCUCCAGAGAGGAGGCCCCAAGUCUGCUGGAGGUGGAGUAUUACAACCCUCUGAGCCAAACGUGGUGCUCUGUCAGCCCAUUGCCCACUGCCAUCUUCUACCCAGAGGCCAGUGCUUGUGGGAACAUUAUUUACACCUUGGGGUCUGAGGUGGAGACCACAGACUCCUUUAACCCCUCGCUCGACUGCUUCUUCUGCUACAACGCCCAGCAGAACCAGUGGAGCCGCCUGGUGGCAGAGUUUGGACAGUUCUUCCACGCUACACUGGUCAAGGCGGUGUCGAUCAAUAACACUCUGCACCUCUGUGACCUGUCCACGUAUAAGGUUUACAGUUUUUGCCCAGAGACGGGUGUGUGGAAGGGCGAGGGGUCAUUCGAAUGUGCAGGCUUCAACGCUGGAGCUGUUGGUGUGAGCGACAGAAUCUACAUUCUGGGUGGAGACUACUCCCCCGACGAGAUCACUGAUGAAGUUCAGGUGUACUACAGUGGGAGGAGUCAGUGGGAGGAAGUGGCUCCCAUGCCCAGGGCGCUCACUGAGUUUCACUGUCAGCUCAUCAGCUUCAGCAGAUACAGAGACCCGUGGAGGGACACUGAGUGACACGCACACACACACACACACACACACACACACAC